GUUCGAGUUUCCAUCCGCGGAAGCGCGAUAGUAGUCUCUCAACGACGACACCACACAGAUGAUGUACAAAAUACAGAAACGUGCGCGAUUAAGAUGAACACGUAAAGAUAAUCUACAAAGUCUAGAACCACUACUUUUACUAUAUCACCGAUUCCCAGAGAAUAUGUCCAUUCGUAAUUCUACAACUGAAGCAAGUCAAACUGGAACACAAACGCAAAGCAAAAGGCCGAUCGUAAUUUAUCCGACAGUUCUUCCCGAGACAGUUGUUAUCCCGAUUGUUUCAUGUAUCUUCGGAUUUCCAUUGUUGGCGCUUCUGGUGAUAUGCUGUCUAAGAAGACGUGCGAAAAUGGCACGAGAGCAAGCCCGAAAACGCGAUACUGAACACGGUACUAUGUCUAUUAUAAGGUUCAGCUCAAUACACUACAUAGGUCGCUCGUCGAGGGCAGUCUCGUUAAAAUCUGAGAGGGCAAUGAGUAGAGGUUUUCCUUCGCUAGAAUUGGACACGGUCCUUGAGGAACGAUCAGAACCAGAGGCUACGACAGUUGAAUUAGUUACACCCGACCGAGAUUCUGAUAGCUAGCAGGACAGUUUUUCCGACGUGGUUGUCGAUGAUAGGACUCCUUUAUGGUCUGCAUUGACCCAUUCCCGAAGUAUGGAGUUUUUAGGGGAAGAGAGGUGACAGACAGAAGAAAUGGGCAUUUUUCUAAAGUACAAAAUUAAAUAAAAUAAAAUUUUAAAUAACCAUCUACUUAAAAAUAUACUUAUCUAAAUUAAAC